AUGGAGCAGACUUUUAUGACCAUACACAACCUGUCGCCCGACGCCAACGUCCUCUUCGCAUCAGAGUCCAUUGUUGAUAUCUUGGGGUACCAGCCGCAAGAUGUGCAGGGCAAGUCGUGCUUCGAUUACUUCCACCCGCAGGAGGUACCUUUCGCACGCUCCGUGCAUAGCAGGGGCGUCCUGCUCGACAAGGCGGCAGUUCUACACUACGUUCGGAUCAUGUCGAGAAGUGGCCAAUGGAUCAGUUGCGAAUGUUGCUUCACAGUGGUCCACGACGUCCUAGUAGCCUGCACGAGCAUCUACCGGCGCGGGGAAAAGAGCAAGAGACGGGCGAUAGAGGCACCUCAGAUUCGGCGAAUUUUUUCCUCGUCGCCGAGAGACCCCCGGUACCACAUGCUAGAGCAUCUCUCGCCUAAAUUCAGGAUGCAGCCAAUGGAGCGAGAGCCCCGUGCCGCCCUCAUACUCAACAGAUUCACCCGGACCUUGACCGUCAUGUUCGCCACUAAUGCCGUCUCUUCGAUACUCGGCGUGCGGCCGGAUCAAAUUCAGGACAAGAGCUUCUACGAAUGUAUCGCCGAGAACUGUCUAGCAGAUGCUAUCAAAUGUUUAGAGAGCGCGAAGGCGAAUGACUCUAUCGCGUACCUGCGCUUCUGGUACCGCGAUCCUCGUAGGGAAGAGGACUUCGAAGACGAGGACCAAGACGAGGACGAGGACGACGAAGACGAGGACGAGAGCGAAGACGACGAAGAGUCCGAACAAGAGCAGGAUAAGGACAUGACGACUGACGGCCAUGGCAACUCGGUUAGCCACGUGCAUAUGGAACACGUUAUGGAUGUCGACGUCGAUGGGGUGCCCGAGUCCGAGAUCAAGACGGAGGCUAGGUUCAGCCCCGAGCUCGCCAAGCCUGCUAUCCUCGGUGAUAGAGAUUCCCCAGUACCCCCUUUCACGGGGAAUGAUUUCCCGUCGUUGGCUGGAGGCGCGGAAGCUUACCAGGCAUCUGCAGAUGCUUGCCCGCGGGCUUCGGAACGGCGGAGGAGAAGUCGUAAUCCGAUUCCCACGUUUGAACUCGAGGCCGUAGUCUCGUGCACCUCUGACGGACUAGUCGUGGUGUUGAGAAAGGCCCGACCACCGAUACCCUCUCUACACCCGCCCCUACUUCCCGUCGAUUUUGAGAAUGGACUCUUCGCCGCUCCUUGGAGCGAGCAUCCGAUCAGGCCGUAUUACCCUCCCGAACACUUCUACACCUUUCGGCCCCCGCUCCUACCGCAGUACAUGCCUUUGCGCGAACACGUCAAGACGGCCGGAGGGCCGCCGAUCGAUCAGCUUAUGAGGUCGAUACGAGAUGUAGCAGUGUUUGCAUGGGCGUUAGUCGGAAUCAAUGGGAAUAUUGCCGCAUAUGGCCGCGGCGUGCCGAGUGAGAGCUCGCAACCACACGAUGGCCUACCAUUUGGGGAUCCGUCAACGACGGGCUCUCUGCACCAUAGCUUCGAGCCCCCAUCUCCCACCCAGCAUUGGAGGGGUUCGUCGUCGGAUAACCGGGCAGCUCUCUCACGCGGGCCUCCCAGCCCGCAUUACGUACCGGGAUACGACGCAGGGGAGCCACAGGGUCACGGCCCUGUACCGGCCGAAUUUGACGUCAGGGGUGCCAGCUAUUCAGCAUCGCCUACAUGGCCGCGGCCAACGUCGUACGUACCUGCGACUGAGCCCUGGCAUCCGCGGCUCCCUCCACACCAGCCGACUCAACCCCCCUCUUCCGGGUUUCACCAGCCGCUGGCGGAACCAUGGGCGUCGGCGUCGGCGUCGCACACGCGGCAAAGCGUAAAUCACUACGCCAUACCGGCAACGCAACCGCGUACAUUUAGAGACGACUCGCGGGGCUACAGGGACAUGUGGCAGUAG